UCAAUGCCCAUUUAUAAAAUACCUUAAACGACAAUAUUGCCCCCCCCCACCCGGUCUCAGAUCCAAUCCCUCAACCUUGCUAACAACGCUCCUUCCCCUCCACAACGGCAACCAAUCAAGCCAGAGGCAAUGGGUAGAAAAGAGCAGACGUUCUGUGCUAUCCAACCAGGACCAAGUUAACUACACUGGCUUACAACAGUUGCUUUAUUAUCCAUUUCUACCUUUUCACUGAGAAGAAAAUGAGGGUCAUCAAUGUCGUUCUUCUGCUGGUUUGUGCAGCCUUUGCUCAGCCCUUCAAGUCUCAAGGUGGGGGGAAUCUGAAAGAGGAGGAGGACAUGUGGGGGGACUACCUAAUGGACAGAGAUGACAACCAUGUCGAGAUCAAAGCUGUCCUUCCAGGUACCUGCUUUGCGUGUAAGCGCAUCAUCAACAAGGUCAAGGCCCAGCUGGAUGGUGAUGAUAACAAGGAAAACAUAUCUGCUAAACUGGACUCUAUUUGUGGCAGCAUGGGGAUACUCAAAGCCAUCUGCAAGAAGCUUGUCAAUAAAUACAAAGAAAAACUGAUUGACGAACUUGUCAAUGAUGAGGACGCAAAGGAUGCUUGUAAGAAAUUGAAGCUAUGCAAAUAAAAUACCAUUUACCCAUGAUUGCCCUGGGCACACGUUUCUUUCAGAACACGCUGUCAUAGCUUACCUUAACAUUAUUUUCAUACACAACUGUCUGGAUGGAAUGGCAGUCUUUAAAGUCACUUAUUAACAUUGCUAAAGACUGACAUUCCAUCCAGACAGAAGAGGACUGGCCACCCAUCAGAGCCUGGUUCCUCUCUAGGUUUCUUCCCAGGUUCCUGCCUUUCUAGAGAGUUUUUCCUAGCCACCAUGCUUCUACAUCUGCAUUGCUUGCUGUUUGGGGUUUUUGGCUGGGUUUCUGUAUAGCACUUUGUGACAUCGGGUGGUGUAAAACAGGCUUCAUAAAUAUAUUUGAUUGAUUGAUUGAUUACAACUGCAAUUUUUAUUGAAUUAAAUACUGAAGGUUAUUCAAAA